AUAGGACAGGACGGAGCCAGUGCUUUUCUAAUGUCUUGGAAGUUUGUAUCUUGGAGUGUCAUGUGAUGCUUUAGUUUGUGGAAUAUGGCUCAAACCUUGGCUAUUAAAACCCGACUGAGGAGAUCCCUCAGUGAGCAUGUGAAGGAUUCCACCAACAAGGCUCGGGACGUUUUCUGGAGGAGUGUGAGGGAGAGGCGACUGUGGGAGAUUGAAGCCAGGGAGGCCUGUGACUGGCUGAGAGCUGCCGGCUUCCCUCAAUAUGUACAGUUAUUUAAAGAUGGCAGGUUUCCAAUCGACACCGAGGCGGUGAAAGAGGAUCACAGCUUCCUGGAUAAAGAUUCUCUUGAUUCGCUAUGCAGACGGUUGCUGACCUUAAAUAAAUGCAUGGAAAUGAGACUGGAGCUUUGGAGAUCCAAACGCAGGGGAGAUGACUGGGAAGAGGAAGACUAUUGCACCAUCAGCCCAAAUUGGAUCUAUGACAAGCAGACCCAACAUUGGCGACGCAUUAAUUCCUCUGAGGAGAGCCCGGGGCCACGGGGCCCAUCGCCAUGCGAGGACCAUCAGGAUGUCUGCUCCAUCCACAGCUCCAGCAGCACAGAUAGCGAACGUCAUGAUGGUCACAGGGAACUGGUGUCCACCAUCACAGCUGUCGCCACAGAUGAACCGGAGACUAGCCGAAGCUCCUCUCGCUGCUCCUCCUCAAACCGGACCCCAUCUUUGGACACGUCUCUCAGUGGACCCCCUUCCCCCACUGGAGGAUCCUCAACUAUGAGCCUGGAGGCAGAAUUGAGUUUUCCAGAAAAACCUCCCAGGAAGAAGUGCACCACUCUGCUGAGGAAGAUGGAGAAGCUGAGGCUGAGGGGGGCAGGCAGCGGCCACAGCCGGACCCGCCAUGACAUCAGUGGGCCGGUUUUGGUCCGACACAAAGACAAGAUGUACAGGCAGCUUCGUCAGUUAAAUCUGCAGGUUCAGCCCAACAGCCACUCAUCUUCAUCACCUUCCUCUUCUCAUAACAUGAGUAGCAGCAGCAGUAGCACAAGCCAAUCAGAGAACAGCAGUACUGUCAGCACGCCCAGUCCUGUCACCCGAGUCAGAAGUAACUGCAAACGGUCCAACAGUGGGGUAGGGAUGCAAAGCGACAUGAGCCAGAACAACCAGAACCAGACAGAAACUGAGGUCUUCAGGAAUCAGGUCAACAACAAUAACAGCAGCAGCCUGGUCUUCCAGGUUCCUCACGGUCACAAACCAGGGACCUUCCCCACCUCCCUUGCCCACAAACACAUCAUCUCACCGAUCAUCGACAGCUCUUCUGUCAACUGGAGGACCGGCAGCUUCCACGGGUACAGGGGGCGGCACAGCAGCAGGCGUGGCACGCCAUCUCUAGAGGCAACUGACCAAGAUCCAACAAUCUCCUCAGGGAGGAUCAGUGCGCUGGAUCAUCGGCUGAGUGUCUACGACAAUAUGCCCAAUGACAACCAGCUGUCUGAGGGGGAAGGUGGCGGGAGUGAUGUGGAGAGGAUCAGCGAGGAAUCAGAGGUGAGUCCGCUGAUGGCAGCUGAAGAUGUUUUCUCCGCCCUUGACAGCGUUCUGGAGCGAAUCAAUGACCUCCAGCAGCUUGUUGUCUCCUGGUCUGAAAACAUUUCAGAGGAUGAUUGUCAGAGAGGCUCCUCCUCUUCCUCACAUAAUUCCCCAGCCCAUGGAUCCUCUGGCCCUUCUCCCUGCCCCUCCUCCCCCAGCCACAUCCACCUGGAGGUGCAGCAUCCAGAGGAGGAGGACGCCUCUGAGAAGGUAACUAAGGAGUCGAAGACCAGUGGAUCACAACAACCCAGAAGGAGGGUGAGUCGGCAGCUCUGCUGGUACGGCGAGCAGACCCUGGCCUCUUUGACCUCCAGUCCGGGUCUGGAGAGUCGCUCGGCUUCUCAGAUCCUCCAGCUGCAGAAACUUUCUCUGCUCAAACUCACCGCGCUGAUGGACAAAUACUACCCGUCCAGCAAGCAGGGAUGGAGCUGGACUGUUCCUAAAACUCUGACAAAGGCAAAGACGACAACAGAGGUGAAAGGACAACAGGUGUUCGGGGUUCCUCUGCUUGUCAGUGUCCAGCAGACAGGAGAACCUCUUCCUCCCUGCAUCCUCAGAGCACUGGUUUACCUAAGGACCGAAUGUUUGGACCAGUUGGGUCUUUUCCGGAAACCGGGCUUGAAGUCUCGGAUCCAGUACCUGCGUGAGACGGUGGAGUCUGACCCGGAGGGAUUUUCAUACGAGGGUCAGUCGGCCUUCGACGUGGCUGACAUGGUGAAGCAAUACUUCAGAGACCUACCUGAACCCAUCUUCACCAGUAAACUAUGCGGGACUUUCCUCCACAUUUUCCAAUACUUUCCGAAGGAUCAGCAGCUGGUCGCGGCUCAGGCAGCCAUAUUGCUUCUUCCUGAUGAGAACAGGGAGGCUCUACGGACGCUGCUGUUUUUCCUGCGAGACGUGGUAGCCUGUGUGGACGAGAAUCAGAUGACUCCAACCAACAUCGCCGUGUGUCUGGCUCCAUCGCUGUUCCACCUCAACACCAUAAAGAGGGACCCGCAUGCAGCCAGAUCGGGUCACAGGAAGUACAGUCUGGGUCGUCCAGACCAGCGGGACCUCAGUGAGAACCUUGCUGCUACUCAGGGGCUGUCGAUUAUGAUCGCAGAGGCCCAGAGACUUUUCAAGCUUCCAGAGUUUUGGCCUGGGCAGAGUUUAUUAGAGGACCCCCCUGCAGGAGGUGUAGAGGACCUGGAGGAAAGCAGAAGCAGGUUGCACCAGAUUACCCAGCAGCUGCUGAGCGACUCUGGAGAAAAGAGCGGAGGAUGGGAGAAGCACCCAGCUCUGGAGAACGUGGAGCUGGCCUUCAAAAAGAUGAACGACGGCUGCCCACUGUGGAUGUGGCGAGGCUCUGUAGAAGUGGACGCUCCACAGACGGACCUGCUUCACCGGCUGCUGAGGGAGCAGCAGCUGUGGGAGGAAAACCUGCGUCAGGCCGCCGUCAUCCGGAGUCUUUCCAAGGACAUGGAGGUGUACCGCUACACCCUCCAGGGCCAGGGCCACGAUUUGGGCUCGCAUCCCCCACAGGAGAACCUGCUGCUCAGAACCUGGCAGGCAGAUCCGUCCUGUGGGCCUCUGUACCUGUCCUCCAUAUCGACAGAGCUUCCUGAGGUCCAGGUGGAGGGAGUCAGGGUGAACGUCCACUGCUGCCUCUACUCGCUGGAACCCACGGGGGCCACCAAAACAAAACUGACACACCUCUGUCGAACAGAUACCAGGGGACGGUCCCCGGCUUGGCACUGUAAAGUCAGCGGACACCUUCUGGCCUCACGUCUGUUGGCGAUCAGAGACUCCUUCAAAGCAGACUAUAAAGAAACUAAAAUAUGAGUCUGUAUCGGACCAAACGCACUUUUGUUCCACGCAACAGAGUCAGACUGCCUCCAUUUUCAGGAGACGAGUUAAUAGAGUUCCUUUGAAAUGUUUUGGACCUUUAUAAAACCACUUCCUGGAGGCAGAGGAAGAAGCAGAGGAAAUACCUCCCCAGCAAGGACAAAGACAGGAAACGAGGACAAAUAACUUCAGGAAACAGACAUUUAACCCUCUUACACGUUUGGCAUGAGGGGAAUUGAACCAACAACCACAAAACCCCCCAUAUACAGCAGAACUAGAGGAGCUCACCAAGCAUCUUUUUCUUGCAGCAUAAAUGAAGAAACAAUGGUAGACCAGACGUUUAGCAGGGAAGUCCCAAGUGUGCUGUGGUUCUGCUCGGUGGGACGGCAGUAUCCUCAGCACAAAGACUUAUUCCCAGAGCAGCUCAGACUUCGCUAGAGUGUUCACAGAUGGGAUCUCACCAAGAAAGAACCAUCCAGAACAGGAGUAGGAUCCUGCAAGUUCAACGGCAUGGUUCUCCACUGGAAGAAAGCCGAUUCUAGAGUUCAGAUAUUUCUGAUGUUUUGUUCCUGAGUGACAAUACGAUUGAGAAGGGAAUCAAAAGGAUCAGGAUACGAUAUGCAGGAGCAUCUACAUUGGCUCAUGAACCAAAUGAAAAAUCAGCCUUAUUGGAAAGGAGAUUAAACUAACCCUUGGAGAAAAGAAGCCUGGAGUAAACAGUGUUCCUCCAUGUUAACACCCACAGUGAGCUGAGACGGAUGUCUCAGUGACCCUCCUGGACCUGAACUCUGACACUAAAAACUGCUAAAGGUGUAAAGCUAAAGCCUUCCAAACAUUUAGUUGCUCAAUGGGCAACUUUUAGAACGCGGCGGUUUGGUUUCUGUGUUUACAGCACAGCAACAAACCCCCAAAUUUAAGGUCAUACUGUGUUGUGCAUGAAAUAUUUUAAUAACUCCUUCUUUCCCUCUAUUUAAGUUAAAUAUUAAAUACAGAUGUUUUUUUAUUUAACUGCUAGCUUAAGGAAAAAAAUGGUAAGGUCUAAAUCUUAUCAAUGCCAAACAGCUAAUUAAAAUAUGUACUA